AUGGUACCCUUUGCGUACGUCAUAUUUUUGGAAGGGCCAAGUAGGGGGGUUAAAAGAAAAGUUCACGUAAAAAAAAUAAACGACGUAUUUGAAGAUCACACAUUCAACGACAGUAAAAAGUAUUUUGUGCAGGACGAGAAAGACAAUAAUAAGUUCUACAGAGCACAAAUUAUCUUUAUGGAAGAAUCCGAGAAGAAGCUAGAUGAAGCUGUAAAAACACGCAGACAAAGGGUGAAAUCGUCAAAACAUAUAGAUACAGCCAGUGAAAAUGAAAAUCCGACAAAACUUUCAAAAACAAAAAGUUCAUUGCUUCCAAAGAAAAAAACAAAGAACUUGCAGGAAAUGAAAAAAUAUGACACUAUUUCUGCUGUGAAGUUAGAGAAAAUUGACAAUCAAUUUUCCAAUAAAAUGCAGCAGAGACCGCAAAAUAUAAAUAAGGAUCAAGAAAAAAAUAACUCGAUAAAGCAUUUGGAAGAGGCUGCUGAUUGUGAGAAAACAGCCACAGACAGCAAUGAAGCGCAGUUCAAUAAUGAAAUAGAAAAUUAUUCUGAGGAUUGCAAGGCAGCUGAACCCAAUUCACUGGAGCCUUCUGCAUCCAAGCUGCCUGCAUCUACAGCUAAAGCUGCUGUAGCACAGACUAUUGAUGAGAAGCAGGCUUCAGUGAACAUUAAGAAAAUUGAAAAUGAUACUUCAGCUUCAUCCUCAGUCAUUUCUGCCAAAGUGAAGGAUAAAUCUUCUAGUGCUGGACCUAAGAUCUUGAGUAAUUUGACUAUACUAGAUUGUAAUAAAAAAAUAGAAGAUUUGGAGAAACAGUUAAAGGACAGAAAAAAAACUGUAGAGUUAAAUAAACAACUUCAAAAGCAAUUAUUAGAAAAGAAUGAUGCAGAAAAAGGCAAGUCAAUCUGA